GAGUCACCCGGCUGGGCAAGGCGGUGUUGAUUCUCAAACCAUUCGUUUUGGGCGCAUGAGACGAGAAUGCAUCGGAUCUCAUAGUUCGAGCAUGGCUCCAGCGCGGCCGCUCGAGAGGAAGAUUUCCUAUCCAGGUCACACACGUCGUCGUGGCCUCUACGGCCGCCGGCCCUUGUGUAUAUAAGACCUACGCCGGAUCCGGCUUGCGAGCUCAGUUUAGAUGCUUAGAUAUCGACAUAUUCAGACUCAAUAUUCACUGCCAGGCUACAGCCAGCUAGCUACCAAGCAACCCAACACUACAUACUCUCAUACCCAACAACGUUUUGGUCAACCAAAGCAACACCAGCGCAACCAUGAUGCAGGGUGAUAUCUUCCAGAUGGAGCAGUCGGCCAACGCGGCCCCGCCUCCCCAACCCGACUUCGUCGCCCAGGACAGCCAGGCGGCGCCCCAGGUCGCCAUCUACAACGAGGACGACCUCUCUCACCUCCUCUACGCCAACCACCUGCACCACCACGGCCGCCACCACAAGGUCGUCAUCAACCAGGGCUACCAGGCCGGGCACAACUCGCUCGGCCUGCCGCUGUCGGGCACCCACACCCCGCUGUCGGAGACCAACGAAACCCCGGUCCUCAGCGACUGCGAGUCGGACACGGAUGAAGGAUCUUACUUCCCCGUCUUCCUCGGACGACAGGCGGAAGAGCUGUCGCACGAGAAGCCGACGGCGACGACGGCGCGCGCGACGGCCGCGGCGGCCGUGAGCAGCGCCAGCGACCGCGCGCCCGCCGCCCCGGCGGUGGAGCACCACAUGGAGGACAUCUCGGGGCCGAUGAUGACGUGGUGGCCGGGCCCGCUGGAGCUGAUGGAGCACGAGUGGGUCGUCGAGGGCGAGCGCAAGGCGCCGAGGACGACGUGCCAGACCGCCACCACCACCACCACCACUACUACUACUACGCAGAGCGCCGCCGCCGCCGCCUCCCACCCGCAGCACCACGUCUCCGACAUCUCGGGCUCGCUGAUGUCGUGGUGGCCCGCGCCGAUGGAGAUGAUGGAGCACCGCUGGGACGAGCGGUUCUACGAGUAGGAGAAGCGAGGCGCGAGACCGAGCCGCCCUCCCCGGGCGGAUUAAUUGAUCUUCUUUUCCUUGACAAAAUUCGGGUUCCG